UGGUAAAGCACUGGAUGUGAGAAAAACGUGAUUUACUUGACUUUGAUAUUCAAUAUUUAAUAUCAAUUCAAUAGUAAUCCGAUUCCCAAUGAGAUUACAAUAACAAUAUUAAUGCAGUUUUAUGUGAAGUUAUCUGAAAGCAAACACCAAUUGUUUGGACAAACAGUGAGACAUUGAGUAUACAUAGAGUUGUAUUGAGUGAACACAACACAGAAUCGCUGUAUUCAUCGCUGCCUUCAACUGAAAGCUAUUAUAAAAGAGUUAUAAAUUUUGUGGUCAUUUGUGUCUCAACUGAAUCCUAAGCGAUGCCUAACAUCCAAGAAGGGGUUAAACUGGACUUCAAAGACGUCUUAUUAAGACCCAAACGGUCGACACUCAAGAGUCGUUCAGAUGUUGAUCUGAACAGAACCUAUCACUUCAAGAGGUCGGGUCACGAAUACACAGGCAUUCCGUUGAUUGCGGCCAAUAUGGACACAAUCGGCACCUUUGAGAUGGCAUUGGCUCUCAAUAAACACAACUGUUUUACGGCUAUUCAUAAGCACUACUCACUCGAGGAAUGGAUGGAUUUCGCCACUAAUAAUCCAUCCGUUUUGAAGAAUGUUGCGGUCAGUUCCGGCAGUCAAAGCGCGGACUUCGAGAAUAUGAAACUAAUUUUAAAGAAUAUUCCGGAUCUCAAGUUCAUAUGUCUGGAUGUGGCGAACGGCUAUUCCGAGCAUUUCGUUGAGUUUGUCAAACAGGUUCGGCAGGCAUUCCCAUCGCACACUAUAAUGGCCGGUAAUGUCGUGACGGGAGAGAUGGUCGAGGAGUUGAUCCUUGCGGGCGCCGACAUCAUCAAAGUAGGCAUCGGUCCCGGGUCUGUGUGCACCACUCGUAAGAAGACUGGCGUCGGUUACCCCCAGUUGUCGGCAGUUCUCGAGUGUAUGGACGCCGCCCACGGACUGGGAGGGCAUAUCAUAUCGGACGGCGGGUGCACGUGUCCGGGCGAUGUGUGCAAGGCUUUCGGAGCGGGCGCUGACUUCGUGAUGUUGGGCGGUAUGCUCUCCGGUCACGACCAGUGCGGCGGAGAGAUUGUCACGAAAGCUGACGGACGGCGAGUGAAACAGUUUUAUGGCAUGAGUUCUUCCACAGCGAUGAACAAACAUCACGGAGGGGUCGCUGAGUACAGGGCCUCCGAGGGCAAGACAGUGGAGGUGACCUAUAGAGGGGACGUGGAGCGCACUUUGCAGGACAUAUUGGGUGGUCUGCGGUCCGCCUGCACCUACACCGGCGCCUCCAAACUCAAAGAACUGCCA